CAGACAUCAGCGCGCUGCGGCCGGCCGGCGGCCGAGCCCAGCCAGGCCCCGUGUCCCCGCCCCGCGCGCCAUGAUAUCAGACAUGGAUCUGCCGCUAGCGCAUGUGCCGCCCAGUUUCGGCGCGAUGGCCGUGCAGCACGUGGGCCAGCCGGCGGUGGCGCCGCCGCCGCAGCAGGGCGGCGGCGUCCAGUGCUACAGCAGCCUGGCCUCGUCGCCGGCCGCGAUGACCAGCGUCAACCCGCCCGUCUACUCGCACGUGCAGGUGUCCAACAACAACAGCAUCCUGGGGCCACCGCUGUUGGAUAACGCGUGUCUGUACCCGCCAGGCGCCACCAGCAUGGGCGCCAGCGACCACCAGUACAACCUGCACCAGGAGCUCCCCGACACCAAGGAGGGCAUCGAGGAGCUGUGCCCCGUCUGUGGCGACAAGGUGUCCGGCUACCACUACGGCCUGCUCACCUGCGAGUCGUGCAAAGGCUUCUUCAAACGGACCGUGCAGAACAAGAAAGUGUACACUUGCGUCGCCGACAAAAGCUGCCAGAUCGACAAGACGCAACGGAAGCGCUGUCCGUUCUGCCGCUUCCAGAAGUGUCUCGGCGUUGGCAUGAAGCUCGAAGCCGUGCGCCAGGACCGGAUGCGCGGCGGACGCAACAAGUUCGGUCCCAUGUACAAGCGCGACCGGGCGCGCAAGAUGCAGCAGAUCCGGCAGCGCCAGCUGAUGGGGCCGCAGCGCGUCACGCUGCCCGCCGUCGGCAACGAGGCCGUCACCAUCAGCUACGCGUCGUCGGCCACCUCGCUGCCCAUCAGUUACAGCGGCGGCGGCAGCAUCACCAUCAAGCAGGAGAUCCAGUACCCGGUGCUGAGCUCGACGUCGGCCUCGUCGCCCGACUCGUCGCCGUCGCCGCUGCUGGGGCCGGGCGGCCACCCAGCCGGCCUCGGCGACGCCUGGCCAGCCGGCCAGCCGGCCGCGCGCAGCGACGUGCCCUCCAUCAUCCGCGAGCUGGUGGCGUCGCUCGACGACCGCGAGUGGCAGCAGCAGCUGUUCAGCCUGCUGCAGACGCAGACGUACAACCAGUGCGAGGUGGACUUGUUCGAACUGCUGUGCAAAGUGCUCGAUACCAACCUGUUCACGCAGGUGGACUGGGCCCGCAACUCGGUCUUCUUCAAGGACUUGAGGGUGGAGGACCAGAUGAAGCUUCUGCAGGCCACGUGGUCGGUGAUCAUGAUCCUAGAUCACAUCCACCAGCGACUGCACAACAAUCUGCCUGACAGCACAACGCUGCCCAACGGGCAGAAGUUUGACCUGCUGACGCUCAGCCUGUUCGGCAUGACCGAGCUGGUGCCGCAGCUCAACGACGUGACGGCGCGGCUGCAGGAGCUCAGCUUCGACGUCAGCGACUACAUCUGCCUCAAGUUCGUCCUUCUGCUAGACCCCAACAUGCAGACGCUGGGCAACCGGCGGCAUGUGCAGCAGGCGCAGGACCAGGUGAAGCAGGCCCACAUGGACUACUGCAGCACCGUCCACACGGACAUACAGGGCAAGUAUCAGCGUCUGAUGGCGCUGCUGCCGGAGCUGCGGGAGCUGGCGCUGCGCGGCGAGGACUACCUGUACCAGAAGCAUGACACCAACAGCGCCACCUCGCUCCUCAUCGAGAUGCUGCACGCUCGCAGGCUUCUAGGGCGAGUGCCAGCGCAGUGAACCGGGCCGGGCCGGGCCGGCGGCGGCGGAGCGGCCGGCCGCCGGCGCCUCUCGGGCCCGAUAUUACCAGUACAAACGCCGAGGCCGCAUCAUCAUCCCUACGCUGGCGCCGCCUGGCGGCCGCCGCGCCCACCGACGGUGCGCCGGCCGCCCGCCAGGGACGGACGCCAUCAUUGUGAGCAUUGGCGGGCGGGUGUGUCAGUGAGUGAGCGCGUGAGAGUGGGGAGGCGGGGCGCGGCCGCCGCGGUGCGAUUUCGGCAGAGACAGGACUCGGUGGACGUCGCGCCUCGCAGCACACACUGCCCUUCCUCUGCUGUCACCGGCUCCUGCUCCUCUCUCCGUCUCACUCUUCCGCCCGACGCUAGUCUGCGCGCCCUUCUCACUUGCUGUAUCUGUGGUUGUGUGCCCGUGGUGAGAGCACGCUGUGAAGGGGUUAUUUUUGGUACACUCUAUGCGGCUGCGUUGUUGAGAUGGGUCGGGCCGCUUGGCCCAACUGCGAUUGAGUAGUUAGCUGUUGCGCGAUGUCACAAAGACUGGCACAGUCGUUAACAGCGUUUCUGGAGUGGUGUGACGUUAGGCGCGGACGAAGGCUCUGUAUGGUGUGUGCGCAGGCGUGUUCGGUAUGCACAAGGCGUUAGCUGUUCGGGCGCUGUACGUAACAUGGGCCGACGUACCUGAGACCGUUACAGAAAUCUGUAUUUUGCUACAUGAAGUGAUUUAAGCCGGCGUCGGCUGGACGGCGAUCAGAAGCGUGUUUUAUUUCUGGCACGUGCGGCGGCGGCGGCGGCGUGCCGCCUGGUGUGGCUGAGUGGGGCGGUGCGCGGCGGCCCCGGCUCGAGCGCGCCGCCCCCGCCCGUCUGGCCGGCGACGGCGACCGGUGCGC